UGAUUCUAGCAAGCUUUCUCAAUUUAUGUUCUCAUAAUUCAUCUGUUAAUUUUCUUUUUAUUUUCUAUGUAGUCAUAUAAUCUACAAGUGAUGACAGUUUUGUUUCUUCCAUCCUAAUCUUUAUUCCUUUUUAUUUCCCUUUCUUUACUGCACUGGUGGACCUGAAGUACAGUGUUAAGUAGAAGCUACUUUUUUCUUGUUCCUAACCUCAGAGGGAUUGUUUUCAACUAUUAACCAUUAACUUGGAUGUUUGCUUUAGCAUUUUGUUUGUUUUUUCAAAUUAAGGAAGUUUCCUUCUAUCCAAUUUUCAGUGAAUGGAUGUUAAAUUUUGGAGAGUGGAUUUUUCUGCAUCGCACUGAGAUAAUCAUGUUUUUUCUCCUUUAAUCCCUUAAUGUGUGGAUUUAUACGAAUUGUUUUGUAAUAGUAAACCAAUGUUACGUUCCUUGGAUUAAACACAAGUUAGUGUAAUGGAUGACUUUUUUAUACAUUACUGGAUCCUGUUCGCACUUAUUUUUUAGGAUUUUUACAUCUAUGUUCAUAAGUGGAUUGAGUAGUGUUCCUUUUAUAUUCUGGGAUAGUUUUGUGAGAUUGAAUUAUCUGUUCUUUGUAUGUCUGAAAGAACUCAUCUAUAAAGUUACUUAGGCCUGGUACAUACUUUGUGGGGAGGUUUUAAAUCUCUUAUUCAAGCUAUUUAAAGCUAUAGGAUUGUUCACAUUUCCCAUUUUUUCUUGAAUCAGUCUUGAUAAGGUUCCCUCACCCCCACCUCCACCUCCAGGACUCUAUCCAUUUCAUUUAGGUUUUAAAAUUUAUUGGCAUGAAUUUAAGUUGUUUGUAACACCCUUGAUUUAAUCUCUGUAGUACCCACAGCUAUGUCCCCUUUUCCAUUCCUACAAUUGCUUAACAGUCCUUCCUUUCUCCCCAGGCCCCCCCCCCUUGAAUAAUCUUCCCAGAGGUUUAUCAGCCUUCUGAAACAUCAGAUUUUGGUUUUCUUAAUCCUCUCUGUUGUUGUUUUUUAAAAUUUCAUCAAUAUCUGUUCUUUUUUAUUUUAUCCUACUUUCUAGGGGUUUAUUAUGCUGUUAUUUCUUGAACUUCUGAAGUUGGGUGUUCCACUCAUUCUUUUUGAGACUUUUUAAUUCUUUAAUUCUAUUGAAGACAAUGAAGUAUAUUUGCCUAAUGAUGAAAUUUGGACCUAUGAUAUUGAUAGUGGGUUGUGGACAAUGCACCUCAUGGAAGGAGAACUCCCCACCUCCAUGUCAGGAAGUUGUGGAGCUUGCAUUCAUGGAAAGCUGUACAUUUUUGGAGGAUAUGAUGACAAAGGAUACAGCAAUCGACUUUAUUUUGUUAAUUUGCGAACAAGAGAUGGAACCUACAUUUGGAAAAAAAUCACCGACUUUGAAGGACAACCACCCACGCCACGUGAUAAACUUUCUUGCUGGGUAUACAAAGACAGAUUAAUAUAUUUUGGUGGCUAUGGGUGUAGGAGACACAGUGAACUCCAGGACUGUUUUGAUGUUCAUGAUGCAUCUUGGGAAGAGCAGAUGUUCUGGGGAUGGCACAAUGAUGUUCAUGUAUUUGACACAAAGACACAGAGUUGGUUUCAACCAAAAAUUAAAGGUGGAGUCCCCCCACAGCCACGAGCCGCCCACACGUGUGCAGUUCUUGGAAAUAAGGGCUAUGUCUUUGGUGGACGUGUUUUGCAAACUAGGAUGAAUGAUUUGCACUAUCUAAACUUAGAUACCUGGACUUGGUCUGGAAGGAUUCCCGUUAAUGGAGAAAAUCCCAAACACCGGUCAUGGCAUACUUUAACGCCAAUAGCUGAUGAUAAGCUUUUCCUUUUUGGUGGACUAAGUGCAGACAAUAUUCCAUUAAGUGAUGGUUGGAUUUAUAAUGUCAUGACAAAUUGUUGGAAACAACUUAUGCAUUUACCUAAAACAAGACCCAGGUUAUGGCACACAGCCUGUUUGGGAAAAGAAAAUGAAAUAAUGGUAUUUGGUGGGAGCAAAGAUGAUUUACUUUCCUUGGAUACAGGUCACUGUAAUGAUUUAUUGAUCUUUCAAACACAGCCUUAUUCAUUACUCAGGUCAUGCCUUGACUGCAUUGGUAAAAAUGCUAUAAUUUUAGAAAGUCAGAUAUCUUUAUUACCUCCUAAACUUCUGCAACAAGUACUCAAAAAAAUAACAUUUUGGACUGCAGCUAAUCACCGAGAGGAACAAAGAGCCCAAAAAGAAGAAACGGAAAACAAGUUAUCAGCAGAUCAAUAGCAAUUAAGUUGUUAUAUACCCUAUAUAUUUAAUAUGUUUAAACAUUUUAAUCAGAUGGUAUAUUUACCCCCCAAAUUGGACGUUUUAUUUAGAAGAUAAAAUUUGAUACAAAAAUGCUAUGUUAAAGUGAUUAUAUGGUGUAGAAUAUAUGGGAAUAAGAUGUUAAUGGCAGAUUGAUUUAUGUUUAUAUUUGUAAAAUAAUUUUCUUAUAAACUGCAGCAAAAAUAUACUUUCUGAAAGUAG